AUGCGGGAUCAAUAUGUGUCUGGCGCUACAAACGAAAUUCGACCUAGAAAGCCCAGAAUAAUGUCAACGAGCUUAAAGAGUAUUUGUCGAAAAAUUAUCGCAGUCGGCAGAAACUAUGCGGAACAUGCAAAGGAAUUGGGGAAUAAAGUUGGAAAUUCACCAGUCAUCUUUAUGAAACCAUCUAGUUGUAUUAUAGAAGAGGGUGAAAAUAUUAAGGUGCCCAAUGGAACAACGGAAGUUCAUCAUGAAGUUGAAUUAGGCUUUGUUAUUGGAAAGCGUUUAACAAAUGUGAAGCCUAAUGAGGUAUCUUCCUCAGUGAUGGGUUAUGUGGUUGCUUUAGAUCUAACCGAUCGAUUAUUACAGAAUGAGCUCAAGUCAAAGCAAUUACCAUGGACUCUAGCUAAAUGUUUUGACACUGCUUGCCCUGUGGGUCCAAUUCUUCCAAUGACUUCACUACCGAUCAACAUCUUAAAAUUACGUCAAGAAUUUCAAACAGUGAACAAUGAAAUUUGGUUAAAAGUGAAUCAUUCUGAACGUCAACGAUCAAAGCUGAAUAUGAUGAUAUGGACACCGGCAGAUUUGAUAUCAAUGAUCUCUCAGAGAAUAUCAUUGGAAUAUGGAGAUCUUGUACUGACUGGUACACCUGCAGGUGUUGGCCCCCUGAAAAUUGGCGAUGAAGUUGAAAUUGGUUUAGACAAUCUAUGCUGUAAUAAUGUCAACGAGCUUAAAGAGUAUUUGUCGAAAAAUUAUCGCAGUCGGCAGAAACUAUGCGUACAUAUACUAGCCAUUCUUAACAAAUCAUCCCACAGGGAACAUGCAAAGGAAUUGGGGAAUAAAGUUGGAAAUUCACCAGUCAUCUUUAUGAAACCAUCUAGUUGUAUUAUAGAAGAGGGUGAAAAUAUUAAGGUGCCCAAUGGAACAACGGAAGUUCAUCAUGAAGUUGAAUUAGGCUUUGUUAUUGGAAAGCGUUUAACAAAUGUGAAGCCUAAUGAGUAAUCUCCAAAUUCUAUGGUUUAUUCUAGGUAUCUUCCUCAGUGAUGGGUUAUGUGGUUGCUUUAGAUCUAACCGAUCGAUUAUUACAGAAUGAGCUCAAGUCAAAGCAAUUACCAUGGACUCUAGCUAAAUGUUUUGACACUGCUUGCCCUGUGGGUCCAAUUCUUCCAAUGACUUCACUACCGAUCAACAUCUUAAAAUUACGUCAAGAAUUUCAAACAGUGAACAAUGAAAUUUGGUUAAAAGUGAAUCAUUCUGAACGUCAACGAUCAAAGCUGAAUAUGAUGAUAUGGACACCGGCAGAUUUGAUAUCAAUGAUCUCUCAGAGAAUAUCAUUGGAAUAUGGAGAUCUUGUACUGACUGGUACACCUGCAGGUGUUGGCCCCCUGAAAAUUGGCGAUGAAGUUGAAAUUGGUUUAGACAAUCUAUGCUGUGUAAAAUUUAAAGUUCAAUAAUUUUUGUAAAUAGUAAACAAAAAAUAGUGAUUGCUUUUGUUAACUUUAUAGCACUCCUUAGCUUAUAUAUUUAUAAAGCUUUGUGUUUAGACUAUUGCUGCUCUUGUCUUUUUUGUUGUGUGUUGAUGAAUUAACUAAAAGCAGAUGCUAUUCCUGGAAGUUGUUCCUUUGACUAUGCAGUGAAC